CUCGAGAUUUACUUUCACUGCUUCACGGGACAUGUAGUUUUUUGGCCGUGUUUUCUUCACGGGCGUGCGAUGGCGGCGGCGCGCCAAUGUUUCCUACAAGGUGCCUUCGGCUUUUAAGGCGCUCUCUCAGAGAAGUGCAGCACAGUAGAGUAGGGAUUCCAGCUCAAGAUAUACAGCACACCCAUAAUUUUCCCAUGAAGUACAUCCUGGUAACUGGUGGUGUCAUUUCGGGUAUUGGCAAAGGAAUUAUUGCGAGCAGCAUAGGUACCAUCCUGAAAUCCUGUGGCCUCCGGGUAACUGCAAUCAAAAUAGAUCCUUACAUUAACAUAGACGCUGGAACAUUCUCACCAUAUGAACAUGGUGAGGUUUUUGUUCUAAAUGAUGGUGGAGAAGUUGAUCUAGACUUGGGAAACUAUGAAAGAUUCUUAGACAUUAGCCUUUACAAGGAUAACAACAUCACCACUGGAAAGAUCUACCAGCAUGUCAUCAAUAAAGAAAGGCAUGGAGAUUACUUGGGAAAAACUGUUCAAGUUGUACCUCAUAUUACUGAUGCAGUUCAAGAAUGGGUAAUGAAUCAGGCAAAAGUUCCUGUGGAUGAUGAUAAGAAAGAACCACAGAUAUGUGUAAUUGAAUUGGGUGGAACUAUUGGAGAUAUCGAGGGAAUGCCCUUUGUAGAAGCUUUCCGACAGUUUCAAUUUAAGGCCAAAAGAGAGAACUUCUGCAAUAUCCAUGUCAGCUUAGUACCACAGCCCAAUGCUACUGGUGAACAGAAAACAAAACCUACUCAAAACAGUGUCCGGGCUUUAAGGGGACUUGGUCUUUCUCCUGAUUUGAUAGUCUGUAGAAGUACCAAACCCAUAGAAAUGGCUGUGAAAGAAAAGAUUUCAAUGUUUUGUCAUGUGGAACCUGAACAGGUAAUAUUCAUCCAUGACGUUUCUUCCACUUACCGAGUACCAAUCCUUUUGGAAGAACAAGGCAUAAUUAAAUACUUUAAAGAGAGGUUAAGCCUACCAAUUGAUGACCAACCGAGUCACCUUCUUUUCAAAUGGAAAAAAAUUGCAGAUAGGUAUGAGAGGAUGCUAAAGAGCUGUUCUGUUGCUCUAGUUGGGAAGUAUACAAAACUGAGUGAUUGCUACACCUCUGUUUUCAAGGCAUUAGAGCACUCAGCUAUAGCAAUUAAUCACAAGCUCGAUCUAAUGUACAUAGAUUCAGCAGACCUUGAACCUGCUAUGGAGGCUGAGAAUCCAGUGAGAUUCCAUCAGGCCUGGCAGAAGUUAUGCAAAGCAGAUUGCAUAUUAGUACCUGGAGGCUUCGGCCAUAGGGGAACUGAGGGAAAACUUCAAGCCAUUUCAUGGGCAAGAAAAAAGAAAAAGCCUUUUCUUGGAGUUUGUUUGGGAAUGCAGCUGGCAGUAGUGGAAUUUGCAAGGAACUGUCUAAACUGGCAAGAUGCAAAUUCAACAGAAUUUGACCCCAAUACAAAGAAUCCUGUUGUCAUUGAUAUGCCUGAACAUAAUCCUGGUGACAUGGGAGGAACAAUGAGACUAGGGAAAAGAAAAACUAUCUUUAAAACAGAAGACUCUAUCUUAAGGAAACUCUAUGGUAAUGAAGCUUUUGUAGAAGAACGACAUAGGCAUCGUUAUGAGGUAAAUCCUGAAUUGAUUCACUUCUUUGAAGAUAAAGGCUUGAAGUUCGUUGGUCAUGACACGGAAGGGAAGAGAAUGGAGAUCAUUGAACUGGAUGAUCACCCAUAUUUCAUCGGUGUUCAGUUCCAUCCAGAGUUCUCCUCCAGACCGAUGAAGCCUUCACCUGUAUACCGUGGCCUUUUACUUGCUGCAACAGGAUCACUCAGUGCAUACCUGCAACAUGGAUGUAAAUUGUCUCCUAGUGACAGCUACAGUGACUUGAGUGAUGAGAGUUUUCCAGAAAAAAAACUUCCUGAAGCAGAAACAAGCUUAAUAUGUUCAGGAGCACAAGAAAAGCAGAGAGAAGACAGAUAAGAAACAAGCAAAAGAAAAAAGCAUAAUUGAAAAGGCCAUUCCAAAGAAGAAAAAUGGAUUAGGUUGCAAAGCUACUGGAGAAGAUACUAUCUGUGCAGCUGCUUCCUACUGAAAGUCCCCGUGUUCUUGACAAUGCUUCUGCUGCCCCAGAAAAAAAUCAAUUCCAUUUCAACAUUAUCACUCUUUCUAAAUUGCAUAAAGUCCACCUCAUCCUGCCUCAUGAUUUCAAAUAAAUUUGUUAGCUUUGUGCUAGCUUUUGGUGGCAAGGAGGUGUCAGAAUAUUAUGGAUUUAUUUCUGGAUCAUUUUAAAUGUGUGUUGCGUACAAAACAUACAAAUGUAACUAAAAUAUACAGCGUCAUAAGGAUUUGCUUUACUUAGGCCUGUUUUCUUCAUGCUGCAGUUAGAAGGACAUUUGAUGCACUGCAACUUAUUUUCAUAAGAAAUGCUCAUUAUAUAUACUUUGUCAUUAUAUCCACAUUUCUGUAGAUAUUUCUUCCCGGACAGAGUUAAUAUUGAUUGGAUUUCUAUAUCGAGGUAAUGAGAGAGGGAUGCAAGAUAUUGAGCCGACAAAUAGCAGUUUUGGCUUACAAACCAAGUUUCAGUCUUUACUAGAAAUUCAGCCCCAGUCCUCUGCCAUGUGCAGGGGCUAAUGAGAAAUAAGAAUAGAUAUAAAUCUCUCUAGUCUCCCUAUUUUUCUCUUGCUGUUUCUCACUUCCCCCAGGAAGUGUAGCAUUGAAAAGGAGCCUGUCUUUCCUAUAGACAAGAUAUAGCAAACCUAUGAAACAACCUGGUAUUUCAUUUAUUAGGCUUUUGCCACUUUCCUUUCGUGGUGGGACAAAAGCCCUCCUUUCUUUUUAAGAAUAUAAAUGGCUGGAAGGAAAAGCAAUGACUUUUUUUGGGGGUGGAUAUGUAGGAAAAUUUGGAUAAAGAUAAAAAGCAUAGGAAAUGUAUGCUGUUUCCACCCAUCUGAGUUUCCGAAAAGCCUGGAGUCUUUUCCUCCAAACCUUUAGGAAGUAUUAAGAUGGGCUCUUUCCGAAAUCUUUGGAGAUAGGCAGGAACCCCAGGCAUUCCUUUGUUUUUUCAAAGCUUAAUAAAACUUGCUUUCCCAUCCAUCCCUCUGGGCUAGAAGGAGAGCUCAGUUCCUACUUAUGUUCCUAGCAGGGUUGGAAAAGUCGGGGAAGAUGCCUUCCUUUCUGUUCUAAUGGGAGUUUGUCAUAAAUGGCCAUGGACAGCUUUCACUAAUGAUAAAGCCAAUGGCUUUGUAGGAGCCUCUUUUAUCAUAAGUUUCACAUAAAAAGUUUGUGUGGAAUAAUUAGAGGAACAACCUAAUCCAUAGUUGCCCAUAGAGGUUAGAGAGAUGUUGUAAACAUAGAAGUAAAACCUCAAUUCCUUGCUUCCAUUUUCCAAAGAGACUUU